UCUAACUCGCAGUUUUGAAUUUAGUAUAGUUUCGGGAACAUCUAGAGACAAAAAAGUAUAACAAUGGCUGACUUGUCUUCUAAAGAUCUUGAGAAAGCCGAAUUUGCUUUCUCUAUCUAUGACGAGGUUGGUUCUGGAGUUAUUGAUGCUGUGGAUCUAGGAAAUGUUCUUCGAGCUUUACAUACUAACCCAACCAACGCAACCAUAGAAAAGCUUGGUGGUACAAAGAAAAAAGGAGAGAAAGCGUUAACUCUAGAAGAAUUCUUACCUAUUUACAGUCAAGUGAAAAAAGAUAAAGAGCAAGGCUGUUAUGAAGAUUUCAUCGAAUGCCUAAAGUUAUACGACAAGCAAGAAAAUGGAACCAUGCUUGCGGCAGAAUUAUCUCACACCUUAUUAUCUUUAGGAGAACGUUUGACGGAUCAGGAAUGUGAAAUGAUUCUCAGAGACUGCAUGGAUAAGGAAGAUGACGAUGGCUUUAUUUCUUAUACUCUGCUGCCAGAGCAGAUUCUGCUUCAACAGCAAACCAGGGAAAACAGUCCUGAGGAGUUCGGACAGCCUUAUCAGCUGAAAAUUUCUUCAGCCUCCUCUUCAGUAGUUUGUCUCUAUGGCAUACUCACUCAGAAGGCAUUCUCCAGGUCCACUUUCCCAACCAAUGGCUACAUAAAGCCAGCCACUUUUAAACCAACUUGGUCAUACACUGGCAGACGUCACGAGCGGAGUUGUUACUUGCAAGGCUGCAACCCCGACUACCGACAACCCUGUAUUACCCUCUCGACUUUAAGCAUUCAACCAGGAAUCACAAAAGAAUAA